AUGAAAAAAUUGGAUAAAGAAAUGAAAGAAUCAAAUCGUCACAUUUUACUUAUCAUUGAUAAAGCCUCAACACACGUUAUUACUGGCCUCACCCUGACUAAUGUGAAAAUACUCGUGUUGCCUGCACAUGUAACAUCCAAAAUCCAACCGAUGGACGCUGGUAUUAUCGCGUCAUUCAAACUUCAUUAUCGUCACCUCCAGCUCCAACAUGCCAUUGAUCGUGAUGAAGCCGGUGAGAGAGACGUAUAUAAAGUUGAUCAAUUGCAG